CCCAAUUCUGUCCCACAUCUUGAUUGGCCGUCUUGAGCCAAAUCCUCUUGAAUGAUUUCAAACCCGAGUGUUUGGACAAGAAGGAGGGGGUGUAGUGGUAUUCUGAGCUGGCUGGGUGGAAAGGAUAGAAGAGUCCACUAACACACCAUCUCAGUAAAGAGGUUACCCGAAGAGGAUCGUUGUUGACGGACGCCGGUGGAAACUGGGAUGAAACAAGGAGGACUUUUGCUCGAUUACUCGCUAUUUAGUGCUUAAUUUGUAUAAACUUUACAGGUUGUUGUGUUUUAUACUUUGAUUUUUUUUUUAUUUUCCAACGAUUUGUGUGAAAGGACGUCCAGCGGAGAUGGCACACACAGCUCCAGGACGCGGUGUGCUAUGCUGACUGGACUCGCCGUCUGAGACUAAAAGGACCUGAAUGGGAAUUCCUGUGAAUUGCUAUCGAUAUAAAUCCAUCUGUUAGUUACUGAUGGAAUGUGAGUACCAGUACCAACAGUUGUUUUCGACAUCCACUUAGGCUUUUCUUUAAUCAGAUUACUGUGGGCAUUCAGUUAACGCACGGGUUGCUGUCGCAUCACAUUAAUAAUAUUAUUGGCCUGUUGAAAAUAAUCACAACGUUACUUUUAGAUUUGUUUUUUUUUUUCUACUAGACAAUGUAUUCAUAUUUUAACACAAUUCCACGGCUGAGGUUAGGUUAAACGAGUUUUUAUUAGUUGAUUUCGAGCCACAACAUUUUCGAACUGAGAUUCAGCCCGGAUAGUCAUGGCUAAAAAUCCGUCCGAGGGGCCGAAGGAUGACCUGAGCCAGCUGACGGACGAGGAGCUGCUGCGGUGCAGCAAGGAUGACCUGGUCAGGAAAUUAAGAAGGGUUGACAGCGAGAAGAUGAAUCUGAUGAUUGAGCAUGGCAACAUGAUGAAGGACAUCAACCGUCGGCUGCAGGUGCACUUACACGAGAUCCGGAGUCUGAAGGAAAUCAACCAGAAGCUGCAGGAUGACAACCACGAGCUCCGGGAGCUUUGCUGCUUCCUUGACGAUGACAGACAGAAAGGCAAGAAGCUGUCCCGGGAGUGGCAGCGUUUCGGCCGCUUCACGGCCAGUGCCAUGUGGAAGGAGGUGGGCACCUACAUGAUGAAGCUGAAGGAGCUGGAGGCCAACCAGGAGACUGUGCUGAGGGAGAACUCUGAACUGAAGGAAAUCAUCCUCAUGCUGGAUGAGGAGAGGAACGGAGCUGGGUCCAGGAGCUCCAUAGACAGUCAGUCCAGUUUGACCAACCUGAAUGGAGGCACCGGCACGGUCAGGGAUGUUGGAGAUGGCAGUAGCACGUCCAGUACAGGUAGUGCUGGUAGCCCAGAUCACCACAAUCACAACCACAUACAAAAGCCCUCAGAAAACAGUAAGAUGGCCCCCACCAUGAGGAGGUCUAUGGAUGACCUGUCAGCGCCACAUCAUCACAGAAGCAUCCCAAAUGGACUUAACGAUUCCUCCUCCAACUACAUCAGACAGCUGGAGACGAAAGUGCGGAUACUGGAGGACGACAACAACAAGCUCCUCUCGCAGGCUUAUAGCCGCUAUAGCUUAUCGCAAAUACAGACGAAUAAGCAGUGUAACCCAGGUGACCUCCGAGCCCUGAGGAAGGGAAUGACUCUGUACCACUCAGAGUCCCAGCUGUCGUCCCUGCCCCAGCGCCAGGAAGCAAUGCAUAUGGGUGCAAACCGUCUACCAACCAGUGAAUCCUCUCCUGCCACAGGCUACCUGUCCUGCGUCCAAAAGCCUGAAGCAGUGGUGCAUGCCAUGAAGGUGCUGGAGGUCCACGAGAAUUUGGACAAGCAAGCUCCCGAGGACUAUGAGGAUGAUCUCAGUGAGAAAGAGAAGGCCAUUGUGAGAGAGAUGUGCAACGUGGUGUGGAGAAAACUGGGUGAUGCCGCCGGAUCAAAGCUGUCCGUAAGACAGCACCUCUCUGGGAACCAGUUCAAGGGGCCGCUGUAGCAUGGCAACAAGCGACAAGACAGGCAGAUCAGGAUCUCCAGUACCUACACUCACCUGAAAACACCACCUUUCUCCCUGUCAUGCCAUGUUCCCCACUGCCUACAAACACUCUGCUAAAACUAGCUAAGUGGCUACAGAGAGGACUCAGUAGUCUGUAAUUUUACAUGUACAAUUUUACAUGUCAUGACAUGUUUUUAUCUGUUUAAGCGUAUGUUGAGAACUGGCAGCUCGUUUCACCGAUCCACUUCUUUUCCCUCAUUGGAACGCACAACGGCAUCUCCCCCUGUGAACCGCUACAAACACACCCUGCUUUGAGUUAUUUUAGAGCAUAGCUGUGCUGUUGUUAGCUAGCAAUGCAACAUGGUUACAAGCACAGUCCUGAUAAGGCCACAGGGGGCAGAGAUCUCUCCGCAUGUUGUUGGAAUGAGGGCAGUGGUGUGGCAGAUAAUUUUUGAUAGUACCUCCUGUAGAGACCCCAACUCCUGUCACAUGUACACCCCCGUCCCCCCCAACUUAGUGGUUAAUGAGUAUAACUAGGAUUAGCAUUCUUAAAAUGUUAUCCAAGUGAAGCCCACUGUGAUCUAGCGCCUUUUUCUCAAAAGACAAGUCUGUUGAUAAUCUAGGCUCACUGUUAACUUGUGUAUAUUCUGUAUAAUAAAACCAUAGCACUACUUCAUUAUUACUGUUGAUUUUACUUUAUCUAUUUUGUAUUCUAGCGUGGCCAUGUGAUCAAUAAUUUAGUUUUAAAAGGACACACAACCGGACCUUAAACAGGGUUUGCUUUUAGUAUUAAACUUCUUUUUUUAUCAUUAUUAUUAUUCUUUUCCAGAUGGAUAAUAAUUAUAAUUAUUUCUCUCUGUAACCUCUGAAAAUGUGUCACAGCCAUUCAGAAUCUUCCAUUCCCAUCGAUUAAUGGCCUGAUAAUUAUCAUGCUUUGUAAAAACUCACUAAAAUUGUAUGCUGUGCGCAUGCUUGACAAUCAUUUUCUCAGGUUGGGAGGGUUACAGCUUUACCUUCACCCAUCUGUGACUGUGUGUGUGUGUGUGUGUGGAUGGAUGGGGAUUUAAUGGCUCUUUUGAAGCUAUUUUUCUUUUUUUUUUUUUAUUGUUAAACCCUGGUUACAACACGGUUGAAGUCUGCUGAAGACACUUUCUGAAUCCAUGUGGGGGGAAAAAAAGCCGUGUCCCAUUUUUUUAAAAGGUUUGUCUCAUUAAAAAGUUUUAAAUACAAGAAAGGAAAUAAAAAAAAUCACUUUUUUAAGAUUGGCAUCUUUCUGUUGCCAUGGAUUCAGCAGGCGUGUUCAUGCAGUGCAUGUUUUUUUUCUUAGAAUAAGAGAAGUAAAUCUUCCCCUUGAUGUCUCCACAUCAUGAAACAUUUUAAAAAGAAGUAUUUUGUGAUGUCAGAAUGAACAAACUCUGUUUGUCAAUGUAUUUAUUGUUGGGUGUAAGAUAGAGAUUGGAAAGCUAUCAGCAACUGAACUUUUUUUUUAUGAGAUUUGAUUUCAUCUGAUAGGUUUGUUCAGUAGCUGAUGGCUUAGGCUAUCCCAUCUCUGGUGUUAUUUGUUCCAAAUUAGAACAUUUGAGGCUACCAGUCACGGGCUUCUGGUCUCUUAAAUAAUGAAUCAAAAAGAAGAAAAAAAAAAAACUAAUCAAAGUAAAAGUGUCCUUUUCUAGGAACUGAUUUAAAGCCAUGAUACAAUUUUGAAUACUUUAUAGAUGGCAUUCGAGAUGUGCCACAUUUUCUUUCAAUGUGUUUUGUUCUGGAACCCAACUGUAUUUUUUUUUUACAUCUAUGAAGCUUCUUCUGUUUGCGUCUAUUAACUAAAAACCACAGUACAGAACCCUAGAAUCUGUGCAUGUGUAUUCCUGUAGCAACUAGCAUUACUGUAACUUCUUUACAUGAAUUUCACUGAUGCGAUAAACGUUUGGCAGGUGAAAAGAACAUGAAAUAGGCCACUUUUAGAAUAAAGAAAAUUUGGGGGGAAACAAUAAACAAGUUGUUUAAUGA